CAUGGAGACGGGCAGUGCCGGGACAGAGACCACCUGCAGGUUCUGUGGUGAGGACCUGAAGAGCUACCGGGCGCUCCAGAUCCACCUGCGCACGCACAAUGGCUGCCAGAGGAAGCCGUUUGAAUGCCGGCGCUGUGGCGCCGCCUUCCUCGCCAAACGGAACUGCAUCCACCAUCUGCUGAAACAACACCCUGAGGUGCAGGAGAGAGAGAUCGAGGAGCACAUCGCCACUCUCCUCCCCGCCGCUCAGUCAGUCUCGACCGUCACUCCGGUGCGAGCCGCUCCUGUGACGCAGGUGUCACUGAACGGGAUCGGCCCGCCCACGGUCCAGGCGCUGCAGGCGGUGAAGGUGGAGGACGUGGUCUAUCCUGCUGAGCUGGACCAACCACUGGACUUCUCUGCCAAAGGUCGCAGCAGCCAGGCCGGGUCACCUGGGGUCAAACUGGAGAGCGUCUCCCCCAGCUUCGACUGCUCCGCCCUCGACCAGCCCAUCGACCUGUCCAUCCCUAGCAAGAGGCAGAGGAGGGAGGUGGUGGGCGGAGAGAGGGGCGGGGUCAAGAUGGAGCAGAGCGUCAAUGUGGAGCAGCUGCCAAAGGAGGAGAAAACGGCGAGCUCCCUGCCUCCCCUCCACCCUCACCCUCAGCUCGGCUGCUACCAACAACCCCCCGGAUCAACCCCGCCCCCCACCACCAUCCCCAAUAUCAACAACUCCACCCGUGCUCAGCGCCUCAAACCCCUCCUCCCCAAACCGGCCUCCUCCACCGCCUCCCCCCCCUCAUCAGCUAGUAAGGACCUCCCUCCUCUGGCGUCCAUCGCUCAGAUCAUCCACUCGGUGUCCGGAGCUCAAGACCUGCUGAAGAGGGACGGCGGGGGGGAGGGCAAACCUCAGGUGGGAGUCUCCGCCUCUCAGGGUGAGUCUGCUGCAGCUGCACCUGGACCAUCUGCUGCUCCUGAGGUCCAGAGUGAGGACGCCGCUGACGGAUCCAACAGGUACGUGAAACUGAGGAACGCUGACUCAGCACCGUUCCUGUAGCGCCGCCGUCAGGAACCGUUCCUCACCGUCUCCUCUCUGUCCCACAGGAAACGCACCAGGAAAAAGCCCCUCUCUCUGGCGGUGAAGGAGAAAGCUUCUGUGAGUGGGGGGGGCAUCGACCUGGAGUCCAGCGGAGAGUUCGCUAGUGUUGAGAAAAUGCUCGCCACCACGGACGCCAACAAGUUCAGCACGUACCUGCAGACCGGAGCGGGUGACAUGGGAGCGAAGAGAGGUAAGAAACAUCUCAUGAUGUUGGACAGAAGAGCAGGCUGAGAACGGAGACUUCAUUUAAGCCCCUCCCCCCUGACAGACCUGGACAGAGCAGGAGGAAGCGAGGACAAGGAGGAGGUGAAGCCCGUGGUCACGGCGCCGGCGGCUGUGGUACCGCAGUCUAAAGGCAAGAAGAACGCCUACUCCAACUCAGUGCAGAAGAUGACCUGUCCGUUCUGUCCCCGAGUGUUUCCAUGGGCGAGCUCCCUGCAGAGACACAUGCUGACACACACAGGUAACACACACACACACACACACACACACAGAGGUAACACACACACACACAGAUAACACACACACACACACACACACACACACAGGUAACACACACACACACACACACACAGGUAACACACACACACCGAAACACACACAGGUAACACACACACACACACAAGCACAGGUAACACACACACACACACACACAGGUAACACACACACACACACACACAGGUAACACACACACACACACACACAGGUAACACACACACACACACAUACACACACACACACACAGGUAACACACACACACACACAGAGGUAACACACACACACACACACACACACACACACAGGUAACACACACACACACACAGAGGUAACACACACACACACACACACACACACACACAGGUAACACACACACACACACACACACACACACACACAGGUAACACACACACACACACACACACACACAGGUACACACACACACACACACACACACACACACACAGGUAACACACACACACACACACACACACAGGUAACACACACACACACACAGGUAACACACACACACACACACACACACACACACACACACACACAUAGGUAAUACACACACACACACACAGGUAACACACACACACACACAGGUAACACACACACACACACACACACACACACACACACACAGGUAACACACACACACACACAGGUAACACACACACACACGCACACACACACACACACACACACACAGGUAACACACACACACACACACACACAGGUAACACACACACACACACACACACACACACACACAGGUAACACACACACACACACACACAGGUAACACACUCACACACACACACACACAGGUAACACACACACACACACACACACACACACAGGUAACACACACACUCACACGCACACAGGUAACACACAAACACACACACACACAGGUAACACACACACACACACACAGGUAACACACACACACACACAGGUAACACACACACACACACACACACACAGAGGUAACACACACACACACACACACAGGUAACACACACACACACACACACACACACACACACACACACAGGUAACACACACACACACACACACACACAGGUAACACACACACACACACACACACAGGUAACACACACACACACACACACACACACACACACACACACAGGUAACACACACACACACACACACACACACACACACACACAGGUAACACACACACACACACACACACACACACACACAUAGGUAAUACACACACACACACACACACACACACACAGGUAACACACACACACACACACACACACAGGUAACACACACACACACACACACACACACACACACACAGGUAACACACACACACACACAGGUAACACACACACACACACACACGCACACACACACACAGGUAACACACACACACACACACACAGGUAACACACACACACACACACACACACACACACAGGUAACACACACACACACACACACAGGUAACACACUCACACACACACACACACACACAGGUAACACACACACACACACACACAGGUAACACACACACACACACGCACACAGGUAACACACACACACACACACACACACACACACACACAGGUAACACACACACACACACACAGGUAACACACACACACACACACACACACACACACACAGAUAACACACACACAGCUAACACACACACACACACACACACACAGAUAACACACACACACACACACACACACACACACACACACAGGUAACACACACACACACACACUGAUGUCAUGUAAUAAAAAGUUACUUCUUUAUGUGGCAGCAGUGGAGAAGUGUUCUAGAACACCGAGUUCUAGAAUGUUGAGUCCUUUGAAGUCCUUGAAGUCUCUUAAAGAGACAGCGUCUGUAGUCAGUCAGAGACCAGGACAGACGGACUGAUCAGGAUCUUCACUCUCUCGUCUCUUUAGGCCAAAAACCGUUCCCCUGUCCCAAGUGUGACGCCUUCUUCUCCACCAAAUCCAACUGUGAGCGCCACCUGCUGAGGAAACACGGCGUCACAAACCGAACACUGAGACGCAACGGGACCCUCAUUAAGAAGGAGGGAGAGGAGGGGUCUCAGGAGAGCGCAGGUCAGAGCAGAGCUGUGGACAGGGGGGCGGGGCUUAGACAGAGUCUGAUGUUGUUGUUUAGUGUUGUGUUGUUGUUGUUGUUGUUGUUGUGAUGGUGCUGAUUUGAAUUUGUCGUGUUGUUGUACAGAGAGUCAGUCGGAGACGGAGCAGCUCGCACCUGAAACUAAGACCCCCGGCGCUACCAGCCUCUCCGCAGACACAGGCCCCGCCCCCGACACAGAGAGCCCCGCCCCACCUGAGCAAGAAGGGGAGGGUUCAACACCUGUUAGCCCCACCCACAAAACCAACCAGGGUCAGUAUUCUUAACUUCCCGAGUUUUCAAACUCUUUUCAUGUUUUUCAUCAGAACCACGUUCGGUUCUGAUGUCGGAGUUAUCGGACCUUCACUGACGCGGGUUUGAGGGUUUCUGAGGUCGGACAUCGACGAGGAAGCAGAGAGAGAAAAACUCUAAUGUCUGUGUGUGUGUGUGUGUCUGUGUGUGUGUGUGUGUGUGUCUGUGGUGUUUGCAGGUUUCACUCCAGCAGCUGAAGACGACGACGAUGACGUCGAACAGCAGGACGAUACACUAGAGCAGCCAGAGCAGCAGGAGGCGCCAGAGAGCCGAGCAGCAGCGAGUAAACAGCCUCCAGUGAGCAGCAGCAGCACCAAGGUGAGACCUGAACCUCAGACCAGGUUUAACUCUCAGGACCAGCUGGGUCGGUCCUCUCAGAACCCUGAGAACCUCCUCACAGUGAGGUUGUUCCUCCUCUCUUUAAAAGGAGGAGUACGUUUUUCACCUCCUCUCUUUGCUCCUGCAGGUGGAGAGCGCCGACGACGAUGACUGCCACAGCAACAAGAGUUUGGACCUGAACUUCGGCAAGAAGCUCAUCGACUUUAAGCUCUCCACGUCGUCGGCCUCAGCUCAGGAGGAGCAGUCUGCGUCCUCCUCCUCAGCCUCCUCUUCCUCUACCUCUGCUCCUCCUGCAGCCGUGGAGAGCCCCGAGAAGGAGAAGAGCUCCUCCCCCUCCUCCAGCCCCGCCGUGAAGCAGCAGCCCGACUACAAACACGUCUGCAGAGUCUGCAAGAAGAGCUUCAGAUACGCCACCACCCUCGCUCGCCACGAGAGGGCGCACCUCUCGGAGGACACGCCCACUCCUGCGCCAGCAGAGGAGAACCCGCCCGCAAAAGAGGAGGUGACAGAGAGAGCGACAGAGGAGACGGAGGAGGAGAAAGAGGAGGAGCAGAAGAAAGAGACGGAAGUGGAGGAGGAGGAGGAGGGAGGAGUGAGUCGAGGAGGAGAGAGCGGGGAGUCGGAGGAGGAGGAGAAGGAGAAGGAGGAGAGGAGUGAGGAGGAGGCGUCAGAACCAAAGAGCACAGAGGGAGGACGGGUCGACAAGAGGAAGAAGAUCUGCAAGGUCUGCGAGAAGAGGUUCUGGUCUCUGCAGGACCUGACCCGGCACACCCGCUCACACACCGGUACCUACAUAUCUAUACACAUACAGAUCUAUGUUUAGAUCUAUACUUAAUGUUUAGAUCUAUAUUUAAUGUCUAUAUUUCUAUAUUAACUCAGAAUCAAACGUGGUUUUUAUCUGUAACUAAUCUGAUUUUAUUGAUACAAAAAUAUUUGAACUUUAAUUUUCCUUUAAUUUAAAUAGUUUUAAAAACUUGAAUCAUGAACUUUAAACUCUUUGAAAUUAUUAAUUAUUCUGAUUUUUUUUUUCAUUGUUUUUUUUUGUUUAUAAAGUUAAUUUUCCAUCAAGAAUCUUUUUUUUGUCGUUCUUUAAAUUUUAGAUUUUUUUAAACGUUUUCGAUUGUUUGUUUUCGCUCAGAUUCACACGGGUCUGUUUCUCUCUCUCUGGUUCUAACCUGAUCUAAACCCCGCCUCCUCCCUCUCCAGGUGAGCGGCCGUAUCAGUGUCAGACCUGCGAGCGGACCUUCACCCUGAAGCACAGCCUCGUUCGGCACCAAAGGAUCCACCUGAAGCCCCGCGGCGCCGACGGAGCCUCGGCGGGGAACGAUGACGCGGCCAGUGAGGACGGAGACUCCUGCACCCCGACGCCGACCUCCACCUGCCCGCCAUCGGAGAACGAAAGCGAGUGUGGGAGCGGCGCCGGAGGGGCCAAAGAGCUGGAGGAGGAGGAGGAGGACGUAAUGGAGGAGGAGGAGGACGCCAAGUCGGUGACGGCGGAGGGCGAGGGUCCUGAGAAAAAAACCGAGUCUGCUGAAACUCCGACAUCCGCGAAAAACUCUGAACUUUCUGAUGAAUCGGCGCCACAGCAACCCGACGCCGAUGACUCGACUCCCAGACAGCAAGCUACUGAGUCAAAGAGGACGAAGAGCGAUGAACCUUCAACCAGCGAGCUGAAGUCCACGCCUGAAUCAAACAUCUCCAAAGACCCCCCCACCUCCUCCUGCACCUCCUCCACGCCUGAGGAGCCCGCCACGUCGGCCCCCGCCACAUCGGCCCCCGCCGACGGCUUCAUGGAAGGGCUGCUGGAGAUCCACACCAAGCCUCCUCUGGAGCACAUCCUGCCCAACGGGGAGCCUCCUCUGGUGGGCGCAGACUGAGGGAAACGCCCUGAACCGUAACCAUAGUGCCAUAAGACGCAGAGACGCCACGCCAUCAUGGAUGAUGGCGAUGAUGACGAUGCAAAAACCAACCCGGAAACGUUUCAGCAGAAAGAGGAAACCGUGUUUUCUUGAAGUGCCUUACUACUAGUCCGACUUCUACGAGAUGUUUUUUGCUAAAUCUUUAUCUGCAUUCUUGUUCCGGAGGAUGGAUCUAAUUUUUAUAGCUUUUUAUGAGACGAUGAUUUGAUAUUUUUGUGGGGAAUCUAUAUUUCAGCAAUAAAAGAAUAAAGUUAUGAUUUAUUAUUGUUCUAGAAUUUCUUUGAGAAUUAAUGAUCAAGUGAAGAGCCGCAGACAGACGGAGACAGACUCUGAAUCUGCCGCCAUUCUUCUGUAUUUAAAUCACAGCUGAGACUGAACAAUAAGAAUCGGACUGCCGUCAGAACCCGGGUCAGCGAUUUAGCCGGGCUGAGGCGGGGAACUCCGACAACGCCGAUGUUUUUGGAUUAAACUGAAUCCUGAGGUGGGGGCUGUCAAAGCAGCUGAUUGGCUUGAUUUCUCCAGCGGACGAUGAGUCACGCUAACGGCGGACGUCGCCUCAGUCGGCGUGACGAAGGAAGCUUUUUGUAACUGGAAAAACGAAGACGGACAUCGUCGCUGCGGCUCGCUCACGCAGCGAUCCUCGUCUCUCAGCUGGCUCAGAAAACUCACGAAAAAACAGCCGAACUUUUGGAGGCGGCGGCAGACGAGUGCGAUCGGACUGUUGAGGGCGGAGAAAGUGUCGAUCCGUUUGUUUCCAUGUUUGUUUUUUAAACCAUCACACUAUCGACCCCUUUACUCCUCAGAACCACCCUGUGAGCUCGUUGCUCAUCCUCUCAUUCAUAAUCAUUCUCAGUUGAUUCCAUGUGUACAGAAAUGAACGUGUGACACGUGAUGUCAGAGUAUUUCCUGUUUUUUUUUUGGCGUGUGUGGAUUAUCGUAGCGGUGUAGGACGGGGAAUUCUUGUGUUUUUGUGGAUUUUUUUUUAUUACUGAACAAAUCAAAUGUCUGUGUUUGACUUCCACCUGUCUCAUCAUCGCCCCCUGGUGUUCAUGUAGGGUUUAUUACAGGACCUCGAGCGUGCUAACGCAUCCGCCGCUAACACGUGAUCCAGGUUCAGUUUACCUCAACCUCCUAUGGAAGCAGCUCUGUUAGCGACCCUUUAAAUCCUGUCUUCCUGAACAGAGCUAGCAAAGCUAAUCCACCAGCACGACGUAAACACAGCUAGCUAAGGUUAACAUAUCAGAGCAACUCCUUACUUAGCAUGUGAGCUAACAGACAGAGCUAACCCACGGUCGAUCACCAGCAGUCAAACCGAGUUACUAAGGGCUUAGUCAGCGGUUUCCUUUUUUGUGCAAUGAGCCUUUAAACACACGAAUCAGCACUUAAAAGUUUACUCCGAACAUCGUAACGACAAAAGGGCUAACACUCUUCGUUAACGUUAAGGUUAGCAGGCGCCGACUGACCAACUAGACAAGUUACUGAAGCUCGCCGUUUCUUUUCCGCGGUCUGAUCGGUUAGCCUGAGCGAACGUUUACGAUUAGCUUCAGCUUUGUGCGGAAAGUCAGUUCGGAACAGGAUAAAAGACACUGAAAGAAAAGAUCGGGAUCUUUGUAUCCGAACUUUGAUCUCAGAAUUCGGAAUUCAAAGUCGGAAUCAUAACGAUCGGAAUCCUGAGAUCAAAGAUGGAAUCCUUGUCAGAAAUCGGAGAAAAAGAGUUACAAAGUUUCCGACUUUUCUAUUUUUCAGCAUCUCUUUAUUCUAACGGUCAAAGUUCGUACAGUCCAGAGGAAACGAACCCGAACAGGUUAUCAAAGCUGACGACUAAUUCGCCUAAUUUACUUGGAUUCGUCAGUUAGCUUCGGCGAGUUUUAACCAAAAGCUUCAGUCAUUGACUAACAGACCAAUCAGGCUAACCGAGCGAAACACCAGCUGGUGCGAUGUUUUAACGUCGGAAGGCUGGAGCUCGUUCUGGUUAAUGAGGCGAACGCUCUCCUCACCUGCUGACGUAGCUAACAGCAGGUGUAGCUGGACUCCCUCCGCUGAUGUUUGGGUAUCUUGCGCUGGCUCUGGACCGGUUCUGUUGUGUUUUCUCAGCCCAACAUGAACUUCAGGACUUCUCUGAACUCUUUGUCGAUUAUCUUCAAGGAGGUUUUUAGAUUCUCAAAGACACGUGGCGAGGAUUUUGGCGGUUAAGACAAUCAGUUGUAAUUUUCAAUAAAAGAGCGAACUUCACCCUGAGUUUGAAUCUUGGUGUGGUUCACAGAUCGGUGGAGGUGACAGGCUGAAAAGAAUGAAUGAGUUCAUGAUGGACGGAUGAGGGGGUGAGUGAAAGGUAGCACCUCGCUGCACAUACAAACAAACACGCAACGUCAAAGGGCCGACCCCGCCCCCUCAUACCAACCAAUCGGGACAUUUCCACGAUGUGUGUUUUCUGUUUGCGUCUCCGGUUGAAUUUAGCUAAUUUGUCCUUUUGUACAUUUUUGUCUUUUUGUUUUUUAUUCUAAAUCAAAAAACCUCAAAACGAAUCAAACCUCAGCGGCUCAGAACAGAACUGUACGGCCACGACGCUCAGGCGCCAGUCUGUCGAAACACGCCGAUUCAUGUCGAACAACCACGACUGGACCGACUGUCCGACCGACUGUCCGACUGACCGCCGCUGCCGCUGUGAACUGGCACUAACGAUUUCCAAAACUACUACUACGACUACGGUGGAACAUCGCAACACAGCGAGAGAGAAAGAGAGAGUUUCCCUCGUCCGACUUUUUACCGACAUUUCACCUUUUUGGCUUCGUGGUUGACGAAUUUUAAAGGCUGAGGCGGAGCUAAAACUGACGUAUUUAUGGUGAAAGUUUGAAGCUUAAAAAUCACGGUUACCAUGGUUACCAUGGAGCUGUAAAAGAAACGAUCGAUCACUGAUACGACCCGAAAAGACUUUUUGAAUUUUUGAGUUAACAUCGUAUUUUCGGAUUCCAGCGCCGACACUUGAUUUGCUCUUACGCUAGCGUAACGUUAAAUUGAUCCUGUUUUAAUAUGAGGUCCCUUUAUUUUAUUUAUUCGGCUCUGAUUAAAACAACAAGUUCUUUAAAGUCGUCUUUCCUAUUUCUACGAAGUUUUUUCCCUCCAUCUUGGUUUCUGGGAAACGGCGUGUUCUUAUCGGACAGACGUCGGCGGGGCAGGAAGUAACUCUGUCGCCUGUUUUCAGAUUUCACACGUGUGCUUGUCGAUCCUGAAGGUGAAGGUUUUAGUGUUCGGACAGUCGGUCCGUGCGCUUGUUUAGUUUGUUGGCGAACAUUCGGAUUUUUACGAUUUUCCUUCAGUCACUUUUCUGCGUUAACGCCGCAGAUGAACUGAAAUAUCGUUUUUACUACAUUCAGUCUUUGGAACUUAAGUUCAUUUCUUCUGCCGCCUCUUAACGUAACUGUGCGUCGUUUGUUAGCGCCUCAUUUGUUCAGAAAAUCGUGAAAAUAAAACGUCAGAAAUCACCGAUUUAAAGAAAUCGAUCGCUGCUGUAACGAAAACAUGAGUUCGGAGUUUGAGAUCGUUCGUAUUUUCAGAAACUCUCUCUUUCUGUUUCUCCACUUUUAAACCUUCGUUCGCUCAGUCUGUACAUGUGUGUGAGUGUGUGUGUGUGUGUGUGUGUGUGUGUGUGAGUGUGCACGGCCAUAUGAAUACUGGACUUCCAUUGGAAUGCACAUGGACUGUUUUUAAUGUA